AUGGAUAGUAAUAACGGAUUUAAUAAAGAGCUCGUUUGUGUUUUGUUUCCUGGCAAUGUAAAAAAUGAUAACAAGGCGAUACAAUGUAUGGGUGGAAUAAAAACUAUUUCCCAAAUUUGUACCCAACAGUCAAAGAAACAACUUACAUUAACCUUCCAACCUGAUAACCCUAGUGUAAAGAAAAUAAAUGGAGAAGUCAAACCUGCUGCUGGUAUUUUACUUAAGGUCAAAGUUAAAAAGUCAAAUGAAAAUGGGAACAUAAAAAGGGAAGUAAUAAGUACCUCGGUUAUGGGGCACAUUAAACGCAUGUAUAAAUUUGAAGCAAUGUGUGACUUCCAAUAUUUACCAGUAGUAAACACUAGUAAACCAGAGUGUUUGUUAGAUAAAAUUAUUCCAUGUGGUUUAGAUGAACUUUCAUUUAUGGAGGGCCCUGCACCUCUACAUAUUGUACCUGGUAACUUUGUAAGGUUUGAUAAGCCUAUGAACUAUUUUUAUAUGGACAAAAAAGUCUAUAGUGUAAAGAAUGAAGAACAACCUCUUAUGAGUGUGUCAGCCAAAGAUGAAGUUCAUAAAAUGAGGUCUGAAAGGAGUUUGCCAAUACCAAGAUACAUUUUUAACUUAAUUGACGAUCUCCCAACAGAGCCUCAUGAGUACUUUGUAGAAUAUAUGAAUAGUAAGACAGCUGUUAGCCCUCAAUUAAAGGAAGAAUAUAAUACUGUCAAAAAGAUGUUUGAUGAGCGCCCUGUUUGGUCUUUUAAUCACAUAAAACAUCAUACGAAAAUAAGGAGUGCUAAUUUAAAAAUAAUCUUGCCUUGCUUGGCACUGUACAAUAAAAAUGGUCCAUGGAGAAUGUUGUGGAUAAAAUUUGGCUAUGACCCCCGGAAGGAUCCUUAUGCUAGAUAUUACCAAACUCUAGACUUUAGGCUAAGGCAUACAGCUGGGGUAUACUCAUGCGUCACGCAAGACCACUUGAAUGUAAAAAAGGAUCGCGUGAAGAGAUGGCCGCUUGAUGAAAGCUCUGAGGAAGUUAUUCCUGAAGGCGCAGUCUACUUCAAGCCGAACACCUUGCCUCCACAGCGACAAAUAUUCUACAUGUAUUGUGAUGUUCAAAUUCCUGAGGUGCAAGAGAUUCUAGCGGUGGAACCCCCGACGGGAUACUUAUGUCACGUGAACCGGGGUUGGCUGGCAGUAGAUACUGCUCACAUUUGUCGAGACAUUAUAUUCAAGUAUAUAAAGCAAAAUGUCAUGAAUAAAAGUACUGACCUUAAAUUUGAGGAAGCAAGCAGUGAUGAAGAUUUAGACAGUGAUGAAGAAGCUUCAAGUUCUGCAGAUAUAACUCAGGGGCACGAAGCGACUGCGUUAUCAGCUGUCUAUAUAACGGCGCGGGAGUUGCGCGCACGCGCAUUCGCUUCAAUCUUUCGCGCGUUGCACGUUAGUCGAUCCAUUUCCCGCCCUUUGUCGUUUUUACCGGCGCGUGCGAUCCACUACGCGUGUGAGGUUCCCAAAAUGACGUCAACUGACUUCAGGCUAGAACGGAAUGUGGAAUUGUUGCCAGAGACGAAGGCGUUAGCUGAGAAGGAGUUGAGAGAAACUCCUGAGAGAGUAAAGGAAGCUCUUGAAAGAUUAAAAGAGCUGCUAAAAGAGAAUAAAGACAUUUACUUUGGUGAAGAUGAUGAAAUCCUCACGAUAUUCCUGCGGCCUUGCAAGUGGUAUCCAGAAAGCGCGUUAGCACUUAUGAGGCGCGUGGCUGAAUUUAAAAAAGAAAAUGCUUGUUUACUGGACGGUUUGUUACCUGAACAUGAAAUGGACGCCUUCCUAGACCACAAGGUUGUCAAUGUUCUGAAGGGUCGGGAUCAUAAGGGAAGAAGAGUGCUCGUAGUUAAUGUUGGAGGUACAUGGGACCCAAAGAAGGUGACGGCAGACCAACUGUUCAGAUUGUUCUACUUAAUCCACGAAGCAGCCAUGUUAGAGCCAGAAUCCCAAGUUCGUGGCACCGUAGUUAUAAUGGACUUCCACAAUAUGGGAUGGAGUCAGACGAUGGGAUUAACUCCUAGUUUCUCUAAGCGGCUGCUAACAUUUAUUCAAGACGCGAUGCCUAUACGGCUGAAGGAAGUCCACUUCGUGAAGGAGCCGAUGAUCUUCAAUGUCGUCUGGAAGAUGUUCAAGCCACUCAUCAGGGAGAAACUCAAGAACAGAAUAUUCUUCCAUGGCACAAAAAUGGCAUCCCUCCACAAGCACCUGGAUGCAUCACAUUUGCCAGCAGACUACGGCGGUGAAUUGCCAGCAAUCGACUAUUCGGGAGCCGAUUGGUACCCAGUCAUAAACGAGUUGCAACCCCACAUAGAUAACUGGAACUCUUAUGGGUUCGUUAAGACUUCCAAAUAA